GGAGGAGGGCAGCCGUUAGAGGGAAACCUGUCAAUCAAAUUCAAACCGACCCCGCGAGGCGCCCGCUGCAGACCCGCGGAGACUCGGAGAAAACCUGUCAAUCAAAUUCAAACACCGCGCGAGGCGCCCGCUGCAGACCCGCGCUGACUCAGAAAAAGGGGGGGAGCCUGUCAAUCAAAUUCAAACACCGCGCGAGGCGCCCGCUGCGGACCCGCGCUGACUCAGAAAAAGGGGGGGAGCCUGUCAAUCAAAUUCAAACACCGCGCGAGGCGCCUGCCGGACCGAUCCAUCAAACUGUAGGCGGUUCGUUAACAACUUCAGAGUCGGGUCGAGGAGGACCAAAGCCGGGCACGCAGGCAGGAUCCAACUGCUUGGUCAACACUGGUGUUCUUUUUGCCGUUCUUGGUGUAAGAUGACAACCGGUGAUUUGAAGGGAUCACUUCGAAAAUUAGAACAAGGACUUCGUUCACUGAAUUAUCCUCAAGAUAUUGAUUAUAAUGGUCUUGCUAAGGGUGAUCCUGCUGCCUUUCUGCCAAUCAUCAGUUAUGCCUUCACCUCAUACUCCACAUAUGUGACCGAGCAGCUACUAACAUCUGGAGUAGAACUUACGGGAAAGAAUGACUCACGUUUUCUCGAUGCCGUUUAUAAGGUUCUACGAGACCAGUUCCAGUAUAAACCAUUACUGUUAAAGGAUCAGUUUCUACACUAUGGGUUUGCAGAAAGAAAGAUGCAGCUUUCCUGCGAUAUAAUAAACUUGGUAAUGAAAAGGCAUAAGGAGCUGAGCAGCCUCAACAAGAUCAAGGCAGAACCAAAUAAGAAUUCAAAUUGUCCUGUAAAAAUUCAGUCACGAUUUAAAUGUGCAUCACUAAUUCCUGAAAACUUGCCAUCUGAAUCAAGUGUACCAAUGAAACCUUUAGUAGAACGGCAUUUACCCAAUGAUGAUAUGAAAAUAAUUUAUAUUUCAUCCAGUCCUGAAAAUGAAUUUAUAGAAGAUAAACCUGUUAAAGAAUAUACAGAACUGCCCACGUCCUAUGAAUCACAGACACAAGAGAUGAAAAUGCUCAAGAGUCAGAUUGCCAAAUGUCAAGAGAAGCUCCUGGAACUGGAUGUAGUACAGAGUAGGUUGCAGGCUUUGGAAUGUGCGACAGCUGGAAAAGUAAUUAUAGAUGAGAAGGACUGGAAUAACCUGCUGAGCCGUGUUGUGCUGCUAGAAACUCAGCUGUUGCUGCAUUCCAGAAAGAACGAUAUGUCUUCUGAUUCCAUCAGUAGGAACGAAGAGUAUACCUUCUGCCCAAAGACAAUUUGCAAUUCUUCAGAUAAAGAAACGAGAGUUGAGACGCCAGAGAGUCUUAGCCAUCAGUCAUCUGGAUACAACUCACUGCUAUCAACAGACGAAUCGCCCAAAGCUAUGAGUAGCAAUUCAUUAUAUCUGACAGAAGUUACAAAGACACAGACAAUGAAACAUAAGGUUGAAAGGAUAAGCAAAAUGAUUGAAGAAACUACAGAAUUACUUAAGUGUACGGAAGGUUCAGCUGACACUAAUAUGCCAGGUUGUUUUCUAUCACAAAGACAAAGUACUGCAGAUGCUGGAAAUCUGUAAUAAAGAUGGAAGUUGAAAAGGAUCAGCAGGCCCCGGCAACAUCUGUCAAAAAAGAAAAAGAUUCAAGUUUCAGGUCCAUGAGCUUUCAUCAAUAAUGGUGCCGAUCACUGUGUUUUGUCAGUUUUGUUUAUAAAUUAUAGUAUUUGUAGUGAUAAAACUGAGAGUAUAUUUUUGCAAUAUUUUAAUGUAGUUGAAUGUUUAGCUUCUUCACCAACACUGAAAUUCUUAUGAGCUAAGUAUUUGUAAUACUGUUGUAGAGCGGUAAUUCCAAACUAUCAGAAGUUGCAAUAGCUUACGUCUGUGUUAAGAACAAGCAAUG